CAACAGUCGCCAAUGAAAAUCCAAAACCCUUUGCCAAUUCGAUGCAAUCGAAUGUGGGAAUGAAUGUCGACGGCGACGGCGACGGCGACGUAGUCCAAUAGUUUUUAAUUGGUAGUAGAAUGUUCAGAACUCCGACAACUAGUGUUGGCGGCAACGGCGGUGGUAUCCCGUUAACUACCACCACCUCCGCUCAAUCACCAAACCAGUCGGACACGGGUGAUCAAAGCCACCAUCGGUCUGCUCCUUCGAGAGCCAUUCAGUUUCACCCGGCCAAACCCGCCAUCAUCGACCUAUUCAACCUCUAUCUCGGUAGAAAUGGCCGCCAUAAGUCAGACGAUUCGAUCCGAGAACCUCCGAACAAGACACAAAAGCGAGUUAUUGCCCUCAAUAGAGACAUUCACAUUCCUCCGUGCGAUGGACAGUUUCUUUUAGACUUUGAGCAACUUCAGAGUCAGUUUCCUGGUCAAGAACAACUGCGUGCUGUGUUGGAGUCUGUGUUUGUAUCUAUGAUUAUCCAGUGUAGUGGUCAUGCACCAAGAUCAGAGUUUCUUCUUUUUGCUUUGCGUAGUUUGUACAGUAUUGGGUAUAUAUAUUGGGAUUCUUUUCUAUCGUCUCUUCUUUCUUCAGUCACAUCUGCAGAAAUGUCUCAUAUUCAGUCUCCAAAUCCGGAGUCAUCUUUGAUUUCAGUUCAUGGAAUUGGAUCUCCAUCUCAAUCAGCAAAUGAAACAUCUUGUACAGCUUUGUCUCCUGUCAAAUCAUCAAUAAAAGAUUUCCCUAUAAGCAGCCUGCGUAAGUUAUCUUGUGAGAUAAUUAUUUUUGCCAUGGAAGCCAACUUAAAGCCAAGUACAUAUGCUGAUAUUUUCUGCCACAUGAUGAAGUGGCUGGUAAACUUGGAUCAUAAGGCCUUAUCUGAAUGGCUACAAAAGUGUUUAGAUGUGGUUUGGAUGUUGGUUGAUGAAAAGAAAUGCCACGUCCCCUUCUAUGAACUAUUGCGAAGUGGACUACAGUUUAUAGAAAACUUACCUGAUAACAAAUCACUAUUUACACUCAUUUUGGAGGUUCAUAGGAGACGAGGUAUGAUGGCCAUGUACAUGUUAAUGUUAGAUCAACAUCUUCAUUGCCCUACAUUUGGAAGUCAACGCCUUUUGUCUCAAGCUGCAAUUAACAUGAUUGGUGAAUCAGUCCCACAUCCAAGAUACUCACCUAUUACAUAUCCAAGUGUUCUUGGAGAGCCAUUGCAUGGGGAGGAUAUUGCUUUUUCAAUUCAGAGAGGAAGUGUUGAUUGGGAGAGAGCUAUGCGAUGUAUUAGGCACGCCCUUCGUAAUGCUCCAUCACCUGAUUGGUGGCGGCGUGUGCUUCUGGUGGCACCUUGUCACCGAGCACAGCCACAAGGAUCACUAGCAGGUGCUGUCUUUAGUUCUGACAUGAUUUGUGAGGCAACCAUUGAUAGGAUUGUUGAACUCUUGAAGCUUACAAAUUCAGAUGUGGAUUGUUGGCAGGAGUGGCUUAUCUAUUCAGAUAUCUUUUUCCUUCUCAUGAAAAGUGGUUGCAUUGAUUUUGUUGAUUUCUUGGACAAGUUAAUUUUAUGCAUAACCAAGGAAGAUAAUCAAGAAAUUCUCAAGACAAAUCAUGUCACAUGGUUGCUUGCACAAAUUAUACGUAUCGAGCUUGUAAUGACCACUUUAAGCACAGACUCAAGAAAAGUGGAAACAACCAAAAAAGUUUUGUCAUUCCAUAAAGAAGCCAGACCCUCGGAUCCUAAUAAUCCCCAAAAUACCCUUCUUGACUUUAUAACCAGUUGUCAAACCCUUCGAAUAUGGUCACUCAAUUCAUCAACAAGAGAAUAUUUAAAUAGUAACCAACUUCUUAAAGGAAAGCAAAUAGAUGAAUGGUGGAGGCAAGUAGGUAAAGGGGAUCAUAUGAUGGAUUAUAUGAAUUUGGAUGACAGAUCCAUUGGGAUGUUUUGGGUUGUAUCUAACACCAUGGCACAUCCUGCUUGUGAGAUGGUGUUGACUUGGUUGACUUCUGCUGGACAUGAAGAAUUACCAGGUCAAAAUAUACAGACUAAUGAGAAAAUGACAGUCAUGAGGGAGGUUAAUCCUGUCCCAGUGUCACUAAUGUCAGGAUUUUCAAUUAAUUUGUGUCUGAAACUGGCUUUACAGAUGGAAGAUGUUAUGUUUUUUGGACAGCAUGCACCUAGUAUUGCCAUGGUGGAAACAUAUUGUAGGUUGCUUCUUAUUUUCCCUCAUUCGUUGUUUCGUUCACAUUUAAGUCAUUUGCUUCAGAGGAACCCUGAAACUUUUAAAAAGCCUGCAGCCACACUUUUAGUGCUUGAAAUACUCAACUACCGCUUAUGUUCAUUGUACAGAUACCAAGGAAAGAGCAAGCCAUUGAUGUAUGACAUCAUCAAAAUUCUGUCUACACUAAAAGGAAAACGUGGAGAUCAUCGAGUGUUUCGAUUGGCUGAGAACUUAUGCAUGAAUCUCAUUAUGUCAUUGAGAGAAUUUUUCUUUGUGAGGAAGGAAGGGAAGGGAGCUUCUGAGUUGACCGAAACAUUGAACCGUGUAGCUGUAACGAAUCUUGCUAUCAUUAUUAAAACACGUGGAAUUGCUGACGUGGACCACCUUCUAUAUCUUCCAACAAUGUUGGAACAGAUAUUGACUGAUAGUCAACACACAUGGUCAGACAAGACCUUAUGUUACUUUCCAGGUGUCCUUCGUGAGGCCUUGAUUGGGAGGGUGGACAAGAGAGGCCUUGCAAUCCAAGCAUGGAAACAGGCAGAAGCAACUGUUAUCCAUCAAUGUACACAGCUCCUAUCACCACCAGAUGAUCCAACUUAUGUCAUGACUUAUAUAAGUCAUAGUUUUCCUCAACAUAAACAAUAUCUAUGUGCUGGUGCAUGGGUACUAAUGCGUGGACACCCUGAGAAUAUUAACAGUGCAAACCUGGGACGUGUGCUUGGAGAAUUUUCUCCUGAGGAAGUGACUGCAAAUGUGUACACUCUGGUGGAUGUCCUUUUGUGUAAUAUUCACUUGGACCUAAAACAUGGACAUUCCUUGCAGGAUGUAAUAUCAAAUGUGUGUGGAAAUCUUGCACAUUUUAUUUGGAAACACGAGUUGCUGCCUCCAGAUGUUUUGCUUCUUGCACUGAUUGAUCGUGAUGAUGAUCCCCAUGCAUUGCCUAUUGUGGUUAAUUUACUUGAAAGACAAGAGCUUCGACAAAGAAUAAACUUUUAUGUUGCUAAUUGUGGAAGCAGCCCUGAUCAUUGGCUUCAAACUGGAAUAUUUAAUCGUACUGAAUUACAGAAAGCUCUUGGCAAUCAUUUGUCAUGGAAGGAAAGGUCACCAACAUAUUUUGAUGACAUGGCAGCACGUUUACUUCCUGUAAUCCCAUUAAUUAUUUAUAGACUUAUCGAAAACAAUCUUACAGAUUUAGCAGAUCGUGUCCUUCAAUUCCAUUCAUCUUUCCUUCAUUUCUACCCUUUAAAUUUCACAUUUGUUCGUGACAUUCUUUCAUAUUUCCACCCUCAUCUUCCCCCAAACCUCAUUUUCCGUAUACUAAGCAUAUUAGACGUAAAAAAGACACCAUUCUCCGAGUCAUUUCCUCAACAUGUGAAUUCAUCAAACAACAUAUCUCCACCAUUGGAGUACUUCACUUCUCUUUUAACAAAUCUUGUAAAUAUUGUCAUCCCACCUUUAUCUAAUAAAACUAACCAAUCAGAAUCAACUUUCAAACCCCAAAACCAAAAACCAUUCUAUCAAAUUCAAGAUCCCGGGACACAUACGCAACUUGUUCUCGAAACCGCAGUUAUAGAAAUCCUAUCUCUCCCCAUAACCCCAACACAAAUUAUCUCAUCAUUUGUACAGAUUAUUAUUUCCUCCCACUUUCAACCAAAAUUUAAUCAAUCAUCUUGUUUGAUGAUUCAAGCAUGUGGGCUUCUCUUGGCUCAGCUUCCUGUUGAGUUUCAUACACCGCUUUUUGCUGAGGUGGCACAUGUGAUUAAGGAGAGUUCGUGGCAUUGCAAUGGUUAUGGCUAUGUUUUGUUGGAUCCAACAUGGGCAUGUCAAGAAAAUACCUCAACUGCCCUUGGAAAUAUGGUGGCAUUGCUUCAUGCGUUCUUCAGUAAUCUUCCACAUGAAUGGCUGGAGAAAACACAUCUUCUUGUGAACCAAUUAAGACCUGUUUCUUCUGUUGGAGUGCUAAAAAUAACUUUUCGUAUAAUUGGUCCUUUGUUGCCAAGAUUAGCAAAUGCUCACACUCUGUUUGUUAAGACUUUGGAACUGCUUUUGAGCAUGAUGGUGGAUGUGUUUGGGAAGAAUAGUCAGCAGCCAUCAAUUCCUGUUGAAGCAUCAGAUAUAACUGAUCUUAUAGACUUCCUUCAGCAUGUGGUGCAUUAUGAAGGGGAGGGGGGACCUGUACAGACGAAUUCUAAACCAAAAGCAGAUGUAUUGGGUUUAUGUGGAAGAGCCAUUGAGAACUUGCGUUCAGAUUUGCAGCAUCUUCUUUCUCACUUAAAAACUGAUAUUAUGUAAAUUCUUCUCAAAAAUCCAUCUUCAAGUUUCAGGUUUUACUUCUCUUUUACUUACAUUACAUGCU